UUCGAGCGAACGGGGAGUGGGGACACCGCUAUAAGAAGAUAAAUCACCAAGGAACAGGCAGUUUACGGUUGAAUCGCUAGAAGGACGGUUUACAUUUUCAACGAAUCUUCACACACAUUCGAGCACACUGAAAGGCGUUCUACAAGGAUAACAUGUUCAGCACACUCGGAAGCGUUCUCAUAAGCGAUCCUGUGGACGCGUGUUGCAGCGAACUGCUUGUACGCCACGGCAUUCCGGUCACCACUAAAUACAAGCUAUCAAAGGAGGAACUAAUAAAAGAGCUUCAGAAUCACGAAGGAUUGAUCGUGCGAUCGGAGACAAAGGUGGUCAGCGAUGUGUUUGCUAGUUGUCCAAAGCUUCGCGUGGUCGGCCGGGCUGGCACUGGCGUCGAUAACAUCGAUCUUCAAGCUGCCACGAGAAAGGGAGUCAUCGUGUUAAAUACACCCGGUGGAAACAGCAUCAGCGCUUGCGAGUUGACGUGCGCGUUAAUCUCUAGUUUGGCACGUAACGUUCCUCAGGCGGUCCAGUCGUUGAAAGAAGGACGAUGGGACAGGAAAUUGUAUUCCGGUUUCGAGUUAUCCGGAAAAACACUUGCGGUGCUCGGAAUGGGUCGAAUCGGUCGCGAAGUGACUCGGAGGAUGCAAACGUUUGGCAUGCGUGUGAUCGCCUUUGAUCCUCUACUCACGUGCGAAAUCGCAAACCAGAUUGGUGUGGAGAAGCUCACUUUGGAUGAGAUAUGGCCCAUAGCUGAUUACAUCACCGUACAUACGCCGCUUAUUCCUCAGACAAAAAAUCUGAUCAACGCUACAACCUUGGCAAAGUGUAAAAAGGGAAUACGUAUUAUAAACGUGGCUCGCGGUGGUAUCGUGGACGAAGGAGCAUUGCUGAAUGCAUUGAAGUCGGAUCACUGCGCUGGAGCAGCUUUGGACGUCUUUAUUGAAGAACCACCGAAAAACCCUGUCACUCUUGAAUUAAUCGCACAUCCCAAGGUCAUCGCUACUCCUCAUUUAGGAGCAAGUACCGAGGAAGCUCAGCAGCGAGUGGCCGAAGAGAUAGCCCAGCAGUUUCUAGUAUUAUCUGGUAAAUCGACAGAAUAUGCAGUUACCGGAAUCGUAAAUGCACCAAUGUUGCACGCUGCCAUGUCAGACGAGAACGCAUCGUGGAUCGAACUGUCGAAAAAGUUGGGUCAACUGAUCGGUCGGUUCUUGAAAGGGAAACUAAAUAUAGUUGUACAUAGUCAAACAAUUGGUAAUGUCAACAUGCGAGAAAAAGUAUUCGUCCACACAGCCGUUCUCGUUGGAAUUUUAUCAGGGCAAACGAAGAACGGUUUGAACUUGAUAAGUGCACCUAUAUUAGCCGAGGACAUAGGCAUUGAUGUUAAAGGAAGCCACAAAGAUUCGACUAACGAGGAAGCAAUCGUUGUUGAAGUUGAAGGUCAUCAGAUCAAAGGAACGGUCCGUAACAAUGAACCACUGUUGCUCUCGCUGAAUGAUGCACAAUUCGGCAAUGGAAUCGCUCUAGGGAACUACGUCUCCUUGUAUCAAACCAACAACGUCCAAGAUCUGGCGAAAAUUGUGAACGCUUUCUCUACAAAAGGCAUCAACGUUUGCAACUUGAACGCCAGCGGAAGCUGGAUGGUGAUUCAAACCGAUCAAGAAGUUUCCGUACGUGUUGACAGUAUCGAAUCCUUCUGAAGCCCAUGUUGUUCAAUUAAGAGAAAAGCGCAGUAUUUUGAAACACGAUAUGACUCAGUUUCAUGCAAAUCAAGUUACAUUUUUGUUACAUCAAUAUGUAGAUUAAUUAUAUCUAUGCAGAUAUAAGGGUAAUAUAAUGUUCGACUCUGUUCGCA